AUGUAAAAAGCAUUUAAUAUCCCACAGUAAUAAAUUGUAUCGAACUCGAUCCAAACUCCUACAAAUAGAUCUUAAAGAUCUCACUCUCCAAAUCAGAGGAUCGUAUCAAAUUUCAGAGAUUCAAGUUAUGAUUAAUGCAGUCAGAUAUCAACUUAGUAAAUUGGAGAAAUUGAAAUGCUUAAACAAAAAGUGACAUUGCUGUAAAAUGAAAAUGAAAGAUUACGAAAUUAAUUAGAUAAAGCAAAUUAGAAAAUCAAAUAGUUCUAGAAUUCAGAACAUGGAUAGAUAAAUUAGAGUAUUUUCAAGACAACCACGUUUGAAUUAGUAGUAUUGUAAAAAGUUGUUGAAUAGUUGCUAUAGUUGAAAUUGGCAUUCUUGAAAUAAUAAUAAUAAAAUGAGUAGAAUAAGCAAUCCCAAAAAUAAUUGGAGAGAUAUAAUUAAGAAGAACCUUUAAUAGUUGAUACUGAGUUGAGAAGCAAAGUAUCUACAGAGAAAUUGGAUACAGAAAAGCAGAGUUCUAAUUUGGAGGUAUCGAUUAGUAAUUACAAAGUAGGAGAGGAUCUAAUAAUUUGAACAAGGAGGGAGAGGUGAAGCAGGUAAGAAGUCAGAAUCUUCAGAUCUAAGUGAUAUUAGACAGUAAAACAGUUCUAUAAGCUUUAUUUAAUCGAAAGGGUGUGGAAGUAAUGCUUAUAGGAGUGGGAAGUGAG